ACUCGAAUCUACUCACUGGCCGUCGCUCAUCUCGGGAAGCCAUCGGCGAAGAACAAGAGUCUGACGAUUCCGAAAACUGUCGCCGGAAGUUCGAAGAGGUUAAUUCCAUCUCAGAUUGUUUGUCUGUCAAGAUUGAAGCCACGACAAUGGAGGACGAUCAUCCCAACGUGGAACCCAAUGUGAAAAAGAAGGGUAAACACGAUAAGCCCAAGCCAUGGGAUGACGACCCCAACAUCGACCGAUGGAAGAUCGAGAAGUUCGAUCCUUCGUGGAAUCCGACCGGUAUGCUCGAGACAAGUUCCUUCUCCACUCUCUUUCCUCAGUACCGGGAGAAGUAUCUUCAGGAGGCAUGGCCAAUGGUCGAAGCCGCUCUCAAAGAGUUUGGUAUCGCCUGCAAACUCAACCUGAAUGAAGGGUCUAUGACUGUUUCGACGACGUUGAAGACUCGAGAUCCUUACAUCAUCGUCAAGGCCAGGGACUUGAUUAAGCUUCUGUCAAGAAGUGUUCCUGCUCCUCAGGCUAUUAAGAUUCUGGAUGACGAAGUACAAUGUGAUGUCAUCAAGAUCGGGAGCUUGGUUCGGAAUAAGGAAAGAUUUGUUAAAAGAAGGCAGCGGCUUGUGGGUCCUAAUUCUUCUACUUUGAAGGCGCUGGAAAUAUUAUCUGGCUGUUACAUUCUAGUCCAGGGAAAUACAGUGGCUGCAAUGGGUUCAUUUAAAGGUCUAAAACAAGUCAGAAGGAUUGUCGAAGAUUGCGUACAGAAUAAACUGCAUCCCGUAUACCAUAUAAAGAUUCUUAUGAUGAAAAAGGAACUGGAGAAGGAUCCAGCUCUUGCAAAUGAAAACUGGGAUAGGUUUCUUCCGAAAUUCAAGAAGAAAAAUGUUAAACAAAAGAAGCCCAAAACAAAAGAGAAGAAGCCAUAUAAUCCUCUCCCUCCUCCACAACAGCCUAGCAAGAUUGAUUUGCAAUUGGAAUCGGGAGAAUACUUCCUGAGCGAGAAGAAGAAAUCCGAGAAAAAGUGGCGGGAGAAGCUGGAUAAGCAGGCAGAGAAGAGUGCAGAGAACAAGAGGAAGAGAGAUGCUGCCUUCAUCCCCCCUGAGGAAACUGUGAAGCAGCAGGAUUCAAACAAGUCCGAGGAUGGCAAGAAAGAUCUGGCCGAGAUGACAAAGUCCUUGAAGAAAAAGGCAAAGGAGAUGAAGAAGCAGAAGAAGAACCAUGAGGAUGUGAAUGCAGAAGAGUAUAUUACUGGACCUGUGCCUGCGGUUGAUGAUAAAUCUGCCAAGAAGAAACCUAAGCGCUCUUGAUUGCAUUAAACAAAAAGAGUUAGUUCACAGAGUAAAAAUCGUCUGAAGCCUAUUUGUGUUUGUUGUCACGUAUCUUUUGUCCUUGAACCAAGAAUGAUGCUAAUACAUCUUUUAGAAUCACCGUCCGUCAUGGUGUGACCGUUUGGUUGUUGAAAAUUUUAAUAUAUUUAAAAAUUAAUAUUAAAAAUAGUUUACAUUGAGAUUA